AUGUUUGACAAGAUCUUCAAAGCAGUGGUUUGCCUGGAGGAUCGCCAAGUGGAGUUGGCUACGUUCUAUCUUUGGCAAGAAGCGGACAUGUGGUGGAUGCUUGAAAGACUAGCUUGUAGACAAGAUCCGGAGUUCUGUUGGGAAAGCUUGAAGGAUAAGCUACGUGAGUGCUUCUAUCCUGCUCAUGUCAAGGCGGAAAAGUACGAUGAGUGUCUCCACCUUAAGCAAGUACCCUUGUCGGUGAUGGAGUAUCACAAGAAGUUUUUGGAGUUAGCCCGUUUUGCCUCAGUUUUGGUACCUACCGGGGAGAGUAAAGUUGAGAAGUUUGUGGUCGGACUCAACUUCGAGGCUAGGAAAGCCUUGACUGUGUCGAAGCCCAAGACUCUCAAUGAGGCCUUCCUUUGUGCAGCUGAUCUCUACCAGGUGCAGCAAGUCCAGAAAGGGAUCCGGGAGAGCCGUAAGAGGAAGCUUGAAAAAAGUGUUGUACCUGUGGUUAUGAGUUUGUCAGUUACCGGUGUUGAAUCAACAAGAAGUCUACAAAGAGACGACUCUAAGGGUGGUAAGACUCCCCAGCCAAUCCGGAACAACACGGCUAAGGGAAGGCGCUCCGUUUGCAAGAAGUGUGGAAGUAACCACCCCGGCGUGGACUUUCUUGGAAAGCCAGUGGAGUGUUUUGCUUGUGACAAGAAAGGUCACCGGUCCUUUGAGUGCAUGUCUAAGAGGAAGACUUUAGCAAACCCGAAACCAGUUGGUAGUGUGAGACCCCAGUCGGGAAGUAAGCUUCGAAGCAGAAUCAACGGUGGACAAAGUGGAAGAAGCAGCCAGGACUCAUGUGCAAAGUUGAGACCUCGGCGAGGCAAGAUCCGCAGUCGUGAGUAA